UGUCUGUCGAAGUGUCGUGGACGAUGCUUAGUUUGAAAAAUCACUGUUAUUCGCGGCGCCUUUGCGGCGCCUUUCUAGCUUGGUAUCAACAGCUGUCUAUAAACGUCUUGCAAGCAACGUUUUUCACUCGUGUAAAGCACAUAUCUAUGGCCUACUUCGUGCAGAUUGAUCCUGCUAUGAACAAAUGUAUUUUGGUUUCCAUGAGAGACACAACUUCCAAGGAAAAAUGUGAGCUCAGUUGUUUACCGAUGACAGCGUUUGAUGGGUCAUUUAUUCAAGGACUGCGUAGAAAGGUGUAUCCGGUCGGUUGUAGAGUUAUAAAAUGCUCAUUUGUCAUGUUCGCUCACAUAAACGUCCAGUCCUCCUUUAGAUGAAUUAUUAUUAUUAUUCAGACUGUGGUUUUGCCGCUCUGUGAGGAAAUUUUACCGGACUACAGCGUGAAUAUCCUUCUUAGAAAAGCAACGAGCCUGAGCGACCAAACAUCCUCGAUGCUAAAUCGUUGAUUAGCUGUCGCAUUCACCUUCAUUUGGGAAUCUCACUCUUGACGUGUAGGUUGUUUACAUGUGAAAGCUGACACUGCAUUGUAGGAUUCUGAAAUAUUUUACUCAUUGAACCACAACUGAACAAGCAUCACAAGAGAGAUUUGAUCAUGACAUCUGUCAGUGACUCUACAACUCGCAGAUCCAAGAAGAAACUACCUAACAUCCCUCCUGAGGAAUUAGCACUGCAUGGAAAUGGAGGAUCAUUGGAAGGUGGUGGUAAACCUCAUGAUUUGCCACCUGAAGUGCAGGCACAAUUUAUCAGACAUGUACACAAAAGAUCGCGUUCAUUGACAGGGCUGGAUACGAUUGAGUUUGAAAAAAAGUUGCAAGCUGAAGCUGAAAAGGAAAAUGUGGAACCAAAACCUUUACUUGAGCAAAGUUUAGCAGCACCAAAACAGGAGCAGUUGAUUGGAAACCAAGAUGAGAGGACAACAUUUGUACAUUCUUUGCCAUCAACGCCAGUUUUUAAUCGAAAAUCUAGUGCAAGUUCAGUGAAAUCAGCAGAUGACAGGGGGGAACUUGUAAAAGAGCUUAGAUGGCACUACAAACAGUAUGUGAAGACAGCAAGACGGAACAAAGAGAGGCUUGCCAAUGUAGCCAAUGUUAGGGAUGAUAACAGCAGUAUCCUGGGUUUAGAAGGAAUAUCUCUAAGUGAGGGUAGCCAUCAAAAUGCCAGUACCACCAACAGCUCUGUAAUUCAGACAAACAGGUGUGACCAACCAAAAUGUGGCAGACCUGUAGACAUUCUUGAACGUGUGGCAGUGGAAAAUCAUGUGUUUCACAAAAGCUGCUUUGUUUGUGCAAUAUGCAACUCAUGGCUAAACUACUUUAACUACUGCUUUGUUCCUGACCAUGACAAGUUCUACUGCAUUCAACACUAUCAGGAUAUUGAGAAUGCCAGUUUUGGAUUAGGAGAAGAUAUCCGUCAUGCAAUGGGUAUAGGACCAGGAGUACAACAGCAGUUUAAAUUUACACCAGAUGCUAUAGAUGGUAGCAAGGACACCAAAGGAGUGGACAAGGUGCAGAAUUCAAUCAGAAUCAUGAAAGAAAAAAUAUCACUACUUAGCAAAAGAGGAAAGAAGCUGAUAAAGAAAGAGAGGAAACUGAAGGCUAACCUUGGCGAGUUUAAAGGUUCCGAUUCUGAGAAACAAACACUAUGGGUUGAAUGGUUUAGUGCUGUACAGGAUAAAAACAGUACAGUCAGGAGGGAAGCAGAGCUCUCAUUCAAGGUCAGAGAGCUGGAGCUGGCAGAAAAGUACUCUCGAUUGGAGAAAAAGCUGAGAGAAUUAACAGAAAAAGAUGAAAAUAUAAAGACAGAGUAUGACAAGUCUAAAGAAAAUGAAUUACUACAAGAGAUGCUUGAGGUGGUUGAGAAAAGAGAACAACUGAUAUCUGAAGUAGAGAAUGCCAAGAAGAGGUACGCUGAAGAAGACAAUGAAAUAGAGAAAGAAAGAAGAGAUGCAGGACUGAAUGAUCCUGAUGUUGUAAGGGAGGUGACUGCUGUUGGAAAGGAUGCCCAGAAAGUAUCAGAAGCUGUCAAAAAAGCACCAAGUGCCGUCAAAAAACAAUCAGAGUUUAUGUGCCCUGGAUCUUGCACUCUGCUUUGAUACUGAAGUGGAGUAAAGAAAUUAGAACUUUAAACUUUUGUCAAUUAGUACUAUGUUAAAAGAGUUAAAAACUUCUGUGAUAGUUUUAAAUUACAAAGUAAAUGUAAUUCCUGGAAGUUUUAUUUGAAAGUAUUAUCUUGCAUAGCAUUAUGAAGUCAUGGUCAAAUUAUUAAAAUUGCUGUCAUACAGAAUUGAAAAAAAAUUAGCUCUCAGCAAUUAGUACCUGUAACUUAUUAGUGGCAACAACACAUCUCUGUCAGGCAGUCAAGUCCAAAGGAUCUCUCUAACCAUCAUGUAAAAUCAAGGUAUAAAUAAUCAUGUAAUCUAUUGAUAUGAACACUAGCCUCUCUUGGUUACCAGUUACCCCUCAAAGAAUUACAUUUUCUUUCCAUUCUUACUGAAGGCUUUCUUUACUCAGUAUGGUAUUACUUAUGACUGUCAAAUGAAACUUCUGUUGUUGGUUAUAUGUGCAUUAGGCAUCAUGAUACAAAGUCUUUCAUCAUGUGGUGUUGCCUGGUUAAGCCAGAGCAAAUCAUGUUGUGGUUGUAACUCAAGGUGAUUCACAUGAUGGCUGUAAGCAAAGAAUCCUCAGGCGCUAACCCCAAAGACACUCUCCAGAAUUUUGUAAUUAAUAGUUUGUUACUUGAUGACAAACAAAAUAACAGACAAAUAACCAAUUAAGUAUAGGACUGUUGUAGUGCAUCUGUAUGUUAUUUUGGUUAAGUAACAUACAGAUGCACCAUGGCCAUUGCCAUGGUAUGAGUGAAAAUAAAUAAUGGAAGUGUUGUAAUCUUUAUGUAUUAACUGAAAACUUAAUUUUUAUGGUUUGUUUAUCUGAGGAAUUAAAAAACAGCUGGCUUGACUUUAUGUGUCCAUGUGGAAAGGGUACUGUGGUACUGAAAGAAAGAAAUUCAGAUACUCUUUUCCAAUCUUAAGCUUACAGGAGAUGACAGAUAAUACAUAUCUUUUCAACAUUUUAAUUUCUGGCUGAUGCUUGAAUGCCAUUUCAAAUACAAAAUUAAAUAUUUAUC